AACAAAUUGUCAAAUGGCUCCAGACCGCAGAUCCUGCGCUCAUCAGUGACGCUCUGGAUCUCAUGGUGACAGGUGGGAUUGUCAAAAAAUUCGCAGAAUUAUUUCGAUCCUCCAAUCCCAAUUUGGAAAGUCUCGCUGGAAUAAUCUUUGGCUUCCUGGCUAGCGGAGAUACCCGUCACGCCACUAUUGCCUUCAAUUCUGGGAUACUACCCGCAUGCAUCGAGCGCUUGUCCGCGCCGGAACUGGAGCCGCGAAUAAAGAGUGCAUGGAUCCUUGGCAAUCUCGCAGCGGAUGACGUCGAAUGUGCCGAGAGCCUCUUGGAGAAAGGUGUAUUGGAAAUCAUGAUUAUGAAAAUACGAGAACUCCUCUGUAUCAUUAUUGUUUCGGAUGAAGAAGACACCGUCUUAGAAGAGUCGUGUUAUGGCCUAGCCGCGAUCCUACAACUAAAUCCUACUUAUGGCUCUGCAUUUUCCAACGAGAGGAUAUGCGGAAGACUUGUUCGAUUACUGCAAUGGGGCUCAAAUAUUCAAGUACAGAAGGCUUCACUGCAACUUGUUGGGGCGAUCACCGCCCGGGCCGAAGAAUACACCGGGCAAUUGAUUAGGCUCGGCCUUCUUCCUGCUCUUGGGGAUUUGUUAGAGCAUCCUCUGGGGGAAGAUACAUGUUGGGUUAUCUCCAACAUCGUUGCGGACAAUGUCGAUCACCUCAAUGCAAUAUCCCGAGAUCCUCGAAUUUUGCCUACUGUUAUUCGCCUUCUCAAG